AUGGCGAAAUCCAGAUAUCGAGAGCGCGACCGGGAUACCAGUCGCCGUGCCUCGACCGCAGCUCCUCCGUCUCGAGUCCCGCUCCAGGCGCCAGCGCGUCCAUCCGAGACCUCUCGACGUUUCAGCAAUUUCAUCGACCUCACCGAAUCCGAUCCAUGGUCCGACCAGUCUACCAACAACCUUGGGGGAGGACCACCACCAGCAACAGCACUGGGGAGAGCAGUCAGAUCUAGCACCCUUGCACCAAAAGUCACCGGCCGCGCAAGCACAGGCACCGUGGUAUCUGUCCCGCAAGACCCGCGAUCGAACCCGGCCUACCUAUUCCAGCAACUUGCAUUGCAGCGCAACCGCGCAAGCGUCAGGCCAUCAUUCUCAAGUAAACAAAUCGAGAUCGACAGCGGGGACGACACAGAAGAAGGACAAGAACUCAGACCCAAGAACUUGAAGCGAGCGGAGACUCCGACCCCGAUUGCAACCAAGAAAGAGAAGAGGAACCGCCAUCGCAAUUCCAAGACUAAGGUGAGAAAGGCGCAAGAAGAAGAAGUAGAGGCAGAGGCACCCGUCGUCGAAGCCAGUGGCGCGGCGAAGCUCGAUGGAAACAAGCACAAGCAGAAGAAAGGGAAAGAGAAAGAGAACAGUAUUACUGCUAUUCUCCACAACAAUAUCAACAAGCAGCCAGACGAAACCAAGACCGACACGACCAUCCACAAGAAGUCCAAGAAGUCCAAGAAAUCAAAGGCACAGUCGAAGCAUGAUGGCAGUGUGCCAGUGGUUGACCUCGAGAACACCGACAGAGUCACAAACACAAGUACAGCCACGAUCAGCAAGAAGGACAUGAUCAAGAUCAAACGCGAGCCUCGAUCUCCCGAACCAGUUCUGCCGCCGACACCCUCUCCUCCACCACCAUCUCAAGUUCAAUCCCGAUCCGAGUCUCGCAAACGAAAGCGCGAAACCGCCAUCGCCAGCACGGCCGCCACCGUCUCUACCGACUCCACCACAGUCACCGACGAUGAUGACGGCGAUGACGAUGACAAGAGACCUCCUGUGAAAGUUUCAAAAAAGACAAAAAAGACAAAAACUAUUGUCCAAGCCGAAUCCAGUGGUAAAUCUAGCAAAGCUGCAGAAAUCGAAUCCAUCGCCAUCGCCAAACUCCGCGAAAGUUUACCUUCCGUCCGAAUCACCCGCGUGACACGCGACUUGCAGCGCGAAUUUGAUGGAGUCAAUCCGACAGAUGUGGCCGUCCUCGUCACGGCUGCUCGAGAGACGAUUAUUGAUCUGGCUAGACAGCAGGUUGAGCAGACGGAGCAGUCGUACCAGAUGAUCCAGGCCGAGUUGUUGAGGAUGUUGAAGAAGCAGAAUGAGAGAUUGGAGCGGUUGGAGGGGAAGAAAAAGAACAAACAUGGAUCCGCCGGGAGAGGGGCAGGACUAGCAGCCGAGGAUGAGACUGCGAAUGAAGACGAUGAAGACGAUGAAAGUGAAGAAGGUGACGAUGCGAUGAUCGGUCGACAACGGCCUGAUACUUGUGCGUCGAAUUGA